AUUUCAUAACCUAUAUACAGCUGUUGCAAACAAAAAGAUAAACGCGGAAAAAACGCUAACCUCCAAAAUAGACCGCAAAAAUAAUUAAAAAAAAAGUGAAAAAAGUAUUAAAAUUUUAUUAAAUUAUUGUCAUUCUAGUGGAAAAAUUAAAGUUCGCGUAAUAUUUAAAUUAUAUUUGCAAGAAUUUUCUUAAAUUUUUCUACACAAAAAGAGAUAGAUAAAUUGAAAUAGUGAAUAUAAAUUUGUUUUCGUGAAAAAAAAAAAUGAGUCCAAUUAACAGAGGACCUGGACCACUAUUGGGAAUGAGAAUGACAGUGCCUGGCAUGCGACCGCCACCACCAUUGCUUUCUAGAUUUGGUGCUAGGUUACGUCCAUCAGGAAUGCCACCAAUGCGAAUGCUACCACCAACGGGAAGAAUAUUUCCUCCCAUGCGACAACGCAUGCCUCCACCUCCUUCUCCUCAUCCUCCUUUAAUGCAACAAAGAAUACCAUCACCAAUGCAAAAACGAAUGCCACCACCUUCGAUGCAACAACGAAUGCCACCACCAUCAAUGCAACAACGAAUGCCACCACCACCACCAAUGCAACAACGAAUGCCACCACCUCCAAUGCAACAAAGAAUGCCACCAUCUCCAAUGCAACAACGGAUGCCACCACCUUUAAUACGUCAACGGAUGCCUCCUCCAAGGCCAGGUACUAUUAUGAGACCGGGUGGUCCACUGCCUUUAUUUGGUCCCAGAAUUGGUUUCGGUCCACCACUGAUAAUGGGUCCAAGAGGGCCUCGUGGUCCACCCUUGAGACCUGGUCCUCGAGGUAUGCUUCCUCAUAUGUUUAUGCGACCAAGGUUCCUUCAAGGAAAUAAUACUCUCAAGAACAAAGGCAUUAUUGUCAAAAAAGGAAACAAACUCGAGAUAACAUUAAAAAAAAGCAGUGUCCUUUUGAGUGUGUGUACAUUGGAAUCUGGAUUAGAAUUAGAUUUAAAGAAGCCAUGGAUGACUGACGCAAUACGAACAGAAAUCCAAAGGAAAAAUAAACUCUACACAAAGGCAAGAAAAAGUAAAGAUGCCACAGAAUGGGAAAAUUUUAAAGAUUUAAGGAACAAAGUUACACGAAUGAUACGAGACGCAAAGAAUGAAUAUUUGGAGAAGUAUCCUGAAAAUAAGGCCUUAGUUGAAAAUUCAGUGGAUGAUGCACAGGAAAUUAUCAUGGAUGAAGAAGAAAAUAUUUUAAAAACACAAGAUGAUGAAAUUAUAAUUGAAGAAUCAGAAAAUAUUGAAACACAUCAAGAAUCAAUAAACGAACAAGAACAUAUUAAAUGUCAAGAAACAGUGCAACUUGUUGCUGCACAAAAUUAGAAAAGAAAAAUUAAAAAACAAACAAAAUAUUUAGUUUCAAAAAGAAAAUUUUGUGUAUUAGUUGUUUGCUGAUUAAUUUAAUUCGAUCUUAUGAAAGAAACUAAUUUUAAAAGUAAUAUCAUUUGUUUUUACACAAAAAAAAAAGAAAUAGUAAUUUAAUAUCUACCUGAAAGAAAGUAUUUUAUAUGCAAGUAAUAGUAAAAAUACGUUUAUUUUAUUUUUUUUCUCACCCAAACCGAAUUAAUACUCAGGCAUUUGAACGUUCAGUUGAACGAAUAUAUUUUUACAAUUAUUUCCUUUUUAAAAUUAAAUUUACAUUUAUAGAAAUUAAUGUUUUGCUUUUGUAGUUUUUUUUAAAAAAAAAAAAGAAAAUAUUUCGUUUAUUUGAACAUUCCAAACUUUGGACAUAUCCGUUAAUUUUCAUGUUUAUCUUAGAUGAAUUCUUAUUAUUUUAAAAAAAAAUCGCAUAAUUAACAGUUCAUUAUUUGUAAAUAGAUUAAUUCCUAAUCUAGAAAAUAAGAAUGCAGUGCGUCAAGUUGUGAAAGUAACAUAAGUUUAAAAAAAAACCAGAAAGAAUGAAAUGUAAUUUAUUAGUCAAAGAGUCUAUUUCUAAUAAUCUUUAUAUGAUAUUUAUGUUGGCAAAGUAAAUACAAUGUCUAUAAAUGAA